AGCAAAGAACGUAUUAUGUAAGUGGGAGAUUAGACUUAUGGUAAGGGGCGGUCUUAAUUGAUGGGAAUAUCUUUGUGGUUGCUGAUGGAGAUAUUUAGCAUUUUGACUCAUUAUGGAUGAAAAAAGAAUGAUUGAAUAAUAUAAUAAAUUAAUAUUGUCUCGAUAUUGAAUGCAAUUUAUAUUGAUACAUUCUAUAAGUUUAUCACACUUUUAACGAUGUGAACUUUUCAAUGGAGCCUCGGCCUCCAAAAUAGUGGUAUCGUCCUAAGCUGGAAAAAAUGGCCGAGUACAAGGGAGCAGCCAGCGAGGCUGGAAGAGUUCGUCAACUUUUGAUGAAACGGGAGAAACAGAGAGAAGAGCUAGAACGUUUAAAACAACGCAUAGAGCAGGACAGUGUCAGUCGAGUGUCUACCAUCAGCGCAAAAUUUUCGGCUCAUUAUGAUGCAGUGGAACAGCAACUCAAGAGCAGCACCAUUGGUCUGGUCACCUUCGAUCAGAUGAGAGCAAAGAGAGAGGACUUGGUGAAGGAGAGAGAAAAGGAACUUGCACAAUCAUCUAAAGCUCUAGCAAAGGAACGAAAGAGGAAGAAGAAACUGAAGAAUGCUGGAACGCUGUCAUUCAAUAUGGAUGAAGAUGAUGAAGAAGGAGAAGAUGGAGUUUGUGAUGAUAAAGAGGAGGAAGAAGAAGAUAAAGCAGAUGAUGAGUUAGUGUUGAAGAAGAAAAAGCGAAUAGGGAAGAAUCCAGAUGUGGAUACCAGCUUCUUGCCUGAUAGAGACCGAGAGGAAGAAGAAAAGAUGAUAAGGGAAGAGUUGAGACAGGAGUGGAGAUCCAGACAAGAGAAAAUCAAAAAUGAUGAGAUUGAUAUCACAUACAGUUACUGGGAUGGUUCAGGUCAUAGAAGGAAUGUCAAGAUGAAGAAAGGAGACACUAUACAGAGGUUUCUUCAGAAAUGUCUAGAAAAUCUCAAGAAAGAUUUCCAUGAAUUAAAGGCUGUCAGUGUAGAACAGAUGAUGUACAUAAAGGAAGAUCUUAUUAUACCUCAUCAUUACAGCUUUUAUGAUUUCAUUGUGACGAAAGCAAGAGGAAAAAGUGGUCCCCUUUUUAGUUUUGAUGUUCACGAUGAUAUCAGGAUGACCAGUGAUGCUACUGUUGAGAAAGAUGAGUCCCAUGCAGGAAAAGUGGUGUUGAGAAGCUGGUUUGAACGUAACAAGCACAUAUUCCCCGCUAGUAGAUGGGAACCGUAUGACCCAGAGAAGAAAUGGGAUAAGUACACGAUUAAAUGAUAUGUGACUGGCAGGACUACAGAAGACUCAAAAGACUGGAUCUGUGGACAAACGCAACUCUCAGACUGACCCAUUAUGUGUGUCUAUUCUCCAAAAUUAAUACAAUGUAGUCCUUUGAGGCAUUCCUCAUUGUAGAAUUUUAUGCCACAUUCAUUGAUAUGGCAAAAAUAUGUUUCAAGAAUAGAAAAGUAACUAUUCAUAUAUGAAUGUUGUGAUAAAUGAAGCACACGAUUUCCAAAUUACCCUUCUGCAUGUACUGGAGACCAUUCGCCUAGAGUUCUUAUUGAAUAUCCACCCCUCCCACACCCCUCUUUUUAAAGGGGAAUCCAGCCUUUGCCAUAAAAUGUUGUGUUGGGAAGGAGAAAAAUAAAUUAAACAGAAUGGCGAAAGUUUAAAAGAAAUCGGAGAAGGAAUAAGAAAGUUAUAGCUGCUUUUAAAUUGAGAUCACUAAUAGUAUGUAGAUUUCAAAUUGGCAACUGGGUAAGUAAAUUAUGACAAGGGGCAAGGACAACUUUCCCAUAGGCCAUGUGCUUUAUUAUCAGGGAUUUGUGGUUUUCUCCUAAGUACCCAUUCCCCUGGGGCAGUAAUCUAAAUAUAAUCCAGGUAGUAUAUUGUUUUAUGUCCUCAUGAAAGAAAAAUAUAAUUUAAAAUAAAACUUUUUGGGAAAAUGAUAUUUUAGCCACAAUAUGUAUUGGAGUACAUGGAAGAGUAGUCCUUGCCUUACAUCACUAUGACAUCCCAUAUGCGGCCAAUUUGAAGUCUCCAUGGGUAUAUUUACAACUUUUAAAAAUCAUAACUUUCUUGUUGUUUGUCCAAUAUUGUUCAAACUUUCACCUAUCAACUUGUCUGAUUUUACUUUUUCUUAUAAAAACAAGUUUUUAUUUGGGUUGGAUUCCCCUUUAAAAGUACCCUCCAAGCAAAUGACAGGAUAUCUUCCCAAGGCAAAAAGAAAAGUUUAUCUUGGUAUAAAUUUUGGUCUUCUCAUAGCAGAUGAAUGGUUUCAUAGUGCUGAAUGCCAGCAAGUAACAUCAGCUUUUAGACAUGUCUUAUGCAGUGUAUCGUACCCAGAGACAGGUUUUAUCAGAAUUUUGUCAGGUUUUUUUGUCCAUUGUCCAUUGAUUUACAGAUGUGUAAAUGGUUUAAGUUGGUUGUCACGUAAUCAUUUCUUUCGAUGUAAAUGCAUGUUCGCACACCAAAUUGUAAAUAAACAUAUUGACUUUUUAAAAUGAAA